AUGCAGCCACAUGAUGAUCCGCUAGUCAUAAUAGUGACGGUGGCCAAUCAUAUAAUCCAUCGAAUUUUGGUGGACAAUGGGAGUUCAGAUGAUGUUUUAUAUUGGCUAGUUUUUAAGCAAAUGGUAUUGAUCGUGAUAGGAUCAAACCAUUUAGCUCUCCCCUGGUUGGAUUGGCAAGAGAGCAAGUCUAGCCGAUUGGUCAUAACUAACCGAGGCCUGUACUGUUAUAAAGUCAUGCCCUUCGGUUUGAAGAAUGCAGGGGCAACGUACCAGAGGCUGCUAAACAAGAUGUUCCGAGACCAGAUCGGACGCAAUAUGGAGGUAUACGUCGAUGACAUGCUAGUCAAAAGUAUGCUACCACAGGACCAUGUACUCAACUUGCAAGAGACGUUUGCAACCUUGAAGAAAUACGGGAUGAAGUUGAAUCCCUCAAAGUGUGUGUUUGGAGUCUCAUUAGGAAAGUUCCUCGGUUACAUGGUAUCAAGCCGAGGAAUAGAAGCUAAUCCUGAAAAGAUACAAGCUAUCUUGGAUAUGCAGUCUCCGAAAAACUUGAAGCAGCUCCAGCAAUUGACUGGAAGGAUAUCGGCACUAAAUCGGUUCAUUUCACGAUCAACCGAUAAGUGUCUUCCAUUUUUCAAAGUCUUGCGAAAGGCCUUUGAAUGGACGGACGAAUGUAAAGAAGCCUUCGGGCAGCAAAAGGGGUAUCUAGCAAGCUCGACUUUGCUAAGUCAGACGAUACCUGGAGAAAUAUUAGCUUUGAGAGGCGCUGAAGAAAGAUACCCUCAGGUGGAGAAAUUGGCUUUCGCCUUGAUCAUAGCAUCCAGAAAACUCCGACCUUACUUUCAAGCUCAUACUAUUAGGGUGUUAACUGAGUACCCUCUGAAGAAAGUAUUAAGAAAGCUAGAUCUGUCGGGAAGACUAGCCAAUUGGGCGAUUGAGUUGGGAGAGUUUGACAUUGAAUUUCUCCCUCGAAGUUCUCUCAAGGGUCAGGCACUGGCUGAUUUUCUGGCAGAAUUCACUAAUCUGCCAAACGUCACCAGUUGGCCUGGAGAUGAGACUUGGGUAAUUUACGUAGACGGAUCAUCUACGAAGAAGCAUGGUGGAGCUGUGAUAGUAAUGAUUACUCUCGAUGGGGAAGAAUUGUGUAGUUCCUUGAAGUUGAAGUUCAAAACCAUAAAUAACGAGGCUGAGUACGAGGCAGUCCUGGCAGGACUCGGUUUAGCUCUUGAAAUGGGAGCCAAAUUUGUGGAAAUACGGAGUAACUCCCAAGUCGUCGUAGGGCACAUCCGAGGUGAAUUUGAAGCCAAGGGAGACAAGAUGAAGUUAUACUUAUCUAAAGUGCAAGAAAUGCAGAGUUUAUUCAAUAAAUUCAGUAUUGUGAAAAUUCUGAGGCCAAAAAAUGAGAGAGCAGACCAAUUGGCCCGAAUAGCCUCAACAGCUAAUGGAGAGAUUGAAGCCGAGACUCCUAUCCAAAUUCUUCCACAGUCAUCCGUUACCGAGAUGGUGUCGGUCUCGACAGUCGAGACCAUACCUGAUUGGCAACUGGAAAUCGUGGAAUACCUGGAAAGAGGAGUACUCCCCUCAGAUAAAAAACUGGCUACCCGGUUGAAGGUAAGAGCAGAAAGGUUUACAAUGGUAAAUGAAAUCCUUUACAAGAGAGGUUUCAUGUUGCCACUCUUAAAAUGUGUUUCGAAGGAAGAAGGAAAUUAUAUCCUUAGAGAAAUCCAUGAAGGGAUUUGUGGAAGCCAUUCUGGAGCCAGAAUACUGGCACAUAAAACAGUCUGA